UUCAGGAUGUCAGCCAAGAUGUGACAGAAGCGAUGGGACGCUGAGAAAGUCAAGCAACAAUUACAGCACGACGGGACGAGAAAAGUUUAAUCUAGUUUGAAAAGCAAAGAAAUCGCGACAAAUGGCGACACAGUAUUCUGACCUGGAGAAGGCCAUUAACACUUUGGUCACAAACUUCCAUGCUGCUUCUUCGGAUAACCAGCCUACACUGAAGACAGAUGAAUUUAAAAACCUCUUGUCCUCCCAGUUGCCAACCUUAGUCAAGUCUGAUCAUUUUGGAGAUGUGCUGAAGCAGAUGGGUGUGAAAGAAGGAGAAGGCGUCAGCUUCAAAAACUUCUGGAACCUAAUACAGAAUUUGGCCACCACCCAGCAUGGUCUUCUCAGCCAUGAGAAGUUGUCCAAAUGCACUUGCCUAUUAUUAUGAGCUGCUGAUUUUAACUGCAGCUGCCACCAUGACCCAGAUUGCAUCUCUGCAUUUACACAAAACAAAUCUCUUAAAAAAAUACUAACCAUUCCAAUUAAAUGAUUCCAACGUAAAUACACUUUGUACAUCAGAAUGUCUGUACACAAGUUGUUUUUGCAGUGCAUUACAGCUAACAUCUCUCUUCUAUCUGUGUCAUUUAAAUAUCAAAUAAAUCAUAGUGUGCAGACUGGAAUGGAAUUUGUUUACCACAGAAGUACAUUUAACUUUUUUUAAUGCUUUGCAUUGUUCUGUAAAAGUUACAUAAUCUCUGUACUUUUCUAUGUUAUGACAACAUUUGAAACAUAUUACUAUAGAAGUCCAAAGCAUGUAUCUCAAGACACAGAUAUGAAGUUUUUAUUAUUGUGUAAUAAAAUUAUCAACAGAU